AUGGUUCACAGAAAUGAAACAUUUGUGACUGAGUUCAUAUUUCUAGGCCUCUCCAGUCAACCGAGGAUCCAGACAAUUCUUUUUUUGGUAUUUCUGGCUUUUUAUUUGUUCACAGUGUUUGGAAAUGUCAUCAUCAUCUCUGUGGUUGGAGUUGACUCUCGACUUCAUAUACCCAUGUACUUUUUCCUAAUCAAUUUGUCAAUCUUAGACAUUUCUUACAUCUCAACCAAUGUCCCACAGAUGCUCACGAACCUUCUAACCAGAAGAAAAAUGAUCUCAUUUUGGGGCUGUGCAACCCAGAUGUAUUUUUCUCUGGCUUUUGGAAUGACAGAGUGCUUUCUGCUUGGAGUCAUGGCUUAUGACCGAUAUGUGGCUAUCUGUAAGCCUUUGCAUUACAUAGUCAUCAUGAACUGGAAGAUAUGCAUGCAGUUGGCUGCUUUCUGCUGGAGCAGCAGUUUAGUGAGCUCAAUGAUAAUAAACAUUUUCACAUUACGUUUACCUUUCUGUGGUCCAAACAUCUUGAACCAUUACUUCUGUGAGGUGCCAGCUGUGCUGACCCUGGUUUGCACUGACACUUCAUUUACUGAGAUGGUUUUGAGAAGCAAUCAUACUACAGUGACUGAGUUCAUUCUUCUAGGAUUCACAGCUAAUCCAAAACUGCAGCUGAGCCUGUUUGUGGCAUUUCUAAUAAUAUAUGUGGUUACCUUAGUUGGAAAUGUUUCACUAAUAGUUCUAAUCUUCAGCAGUUCUCCCCUCCAUACACCCAUGUAUUUCUUCAUUGGGAAUCUGUCUUUUUUGGAUAUUUGGUACUCCUCUGUCUAUACUCCAAAGAUCCUGGUGAACUGUAUUUCAGAGGACAAAAGCAUUUCCUUUGGAGGUUGUGCUGCCCAGUUCUUCUUCUCUGCUGGUCUUGCAUAUAGUGAGUGCUACCUCCUGGCAGCCAUGGCUUAUGAUCGUUACAUAGCAAUAGCUACCCCACUGCUGUAUGCUACUGCCAUGUCCAGAAAGCUAUGCUUAGGACUUGUGGCCCUCUCAUAUUUAGGUGGAUUCAUCAAUGCCACAAUUCUCACCAGUGAAACCUUCACACUGACCUUCUGUGAUGGCAACAUCAUUGAUGACUUCUUCUGUGAUGUGCCACCUCUGGUAAAGCUCUCCUGUGAUGUGACUGAGAGUUACCAAUCUGUGCUAUACUUCCUUCUCACUUAUAACAUCAUUGCCCCCUCAGUUUUCAUUCUUGCCACUUAUUCUUUCAUCCUAGCAGCCAUUUUGCGGAUCCGUUCCACUGAAGGCAGGCGCAAAGCCUUUUCAACGUGUGCUUCCCACCUGACAGCUGUCACUUUGUACUAUGGUUCCAUUCUCUUCAUCUACUCACGCCCCAGCUCCAACUAUACUUUGGAAAGGGACAAAUGGACUUCCAUGUUCUACACAGUGGUUUUCCCCAUGCUGAAUCCCAUGAUUUACAGUUUAAGGAACAAGGAUGUCAAAAAUGCUUUGAAGAAGAUGAUCAGAAGGACAGGUUUCUAA